AAACAAAAAGGAGAAGGAGAUGAAGAAGGAGAACAAGAAUGGAGAAGGAGAUGAAUAAGAAGAACAAGAAGGAGAAGAAAAAUAUGAAGAAAGCGAUGGAGAACGCGCCACGAAGGCAAAAGGACAAGAGGCGCCGCCCACUGAAGAAGGACGUGGGCGCGAUCAUCGGCGAGGGCAGCAUCAACAUCAAGAAACUCGGGGACGUCAAGCCACUGAAGAUCGGCGGCAUCUUCAUCCCGAGCGAUUGCUACGACAAGAUGGGCAAGACGGAGCUAAAAGGCGAACCACUGUACCCGGUCGAGUGUCCGGUGCUGCUUAAGCUGGAAAACAAAUUAGAGUUCAACAGGUUCGCUAAGCCCAUUUGCUUGCCGAUUUUCGACAAGAUCAAAAUCAACAAGGAGAGAGCAGCUUCCAUCGGCUACGGAGUCAGGAAGAUGUCGAAAGCCGAACCCUCCAAGAUACCGGCUGAAGUGAUUAACAUGCGCGUGCUGAAGAAGUGCGAGAAGAGGCUGAAGAUGAAGCUGGACAAGACUAUGAUCUGUACGAAAGGAAAGAAAAAGAGCGGACACAUGUGCUUCUUCGACGAGGGAGCACCUCUUCUGAACGUCAAAAUCACUGGCAAAGGUUACAAGCAGCAUGCUAACCUUUAUGCUGCUUUGGCCGUGCCUGGUUGCAAACUCGAGAAGAAACAGAAAGGCGACAAAUACAACCCGAGGAAGUACAACAAGUUCUACAUCGACGUCUGGAUCAACAUCAGGAGCUACAAGAAGUGGAUCCUCAACCUGGUGUUCGGGGGAGAGAAGGCCAAGGCGUGUCAGCGACCCAAGCACUUCAAGUCGGUGCCAGACAUUGCCCAGAAGUACGAAAUUGAAGACCCUUGUCCGUAUUAAGGACGAAGGACCGCGAUCUGGUCUUAUCUGAUGCGACUUGCUUGGGAAUAUUCUUAGGGUUAUGGUGAUGGAAUAGUUAAUUGUAGUGUUUCAUUUUAUUUGGUGUAGACCUACUGAUGAUCAUUUAUAUCAUCAGCAUAAAAAAAAAUUAACUU